UCUUGUCAUUUUUGGUUUGUUUUGUUAAUCAUUUUCCUGGUUUUUCUGCAAGAGCACGAGCAGUUUUCAGGAUUUUCAAUACUGCGCCGGUGUUGUGAAAUCUUGAAACAAUUUCUUCACUUACCUACUACUAGUAACAUCUUUUAACGAUCUCGUCAAUUCCGCUGCGAACAAGCAAUGGGCAAUUCUGUGAGUGCCAGUCCGGUAGCGGCCCUUCCAGCAGCAACGACGACGACGGCGGCCCCCUCAACGGAGGUAAAAUCGGACAAACCCAAAUGCAAAGCUUGCUGUGCCUGUCCGGAAACGAAGAAGAUUCGCGAUGCCUGCAUUAUGGAACGGGGCGAGGAACAGUGCGGGGAGUUGAUUGAGAAGCAUAAACAAUGCAUGCGAGACAUGGGCUUCAAUAUCUAAAUUCGAUCGAUAAGAAAGUGAUUAGACUGAUUUUCUGUAUAGAUACCAAAAUUCCGGUUGUUGAAGCCCUGCGGAACUGUAUUCUAUUCUUUAGUUUAUGUGUUGUACAUAAAAUGGCUUUUAUAAUUCAUACCCAAUUAAUUAUCAUCGAUUCUCCGUAACAUAAAUUGAUUCUGUGUACUUAAAUUUCGGUCAUAAAUAAACAUGAUUUAAGUACAAACAAUUUUGUAUGAUUUUUGUUCUAUUCACAUACUUUGUAUUUAUCAUGAAGAAAUAAUAAAGAUUCACUGCAUGUACCAAAUAA